UAGGUAAGGUACCAAAGGACAUAAAGUUACCAGAUGGGUUGUACUAUCACAUGUAAGUAAGGUUCACACUAACAACUUGAUACUACAAACGUCAACACUUUUCCAUAGCUCCUUGUUCGCUUCAGGUUUUAGUAGGACCUAUUAGGACCGUGGCCAAUCUUUCAUAUUCAUAUCUACAACUUAAAUCUCGUCCGUUCAUUUAUAUUUAUAUAUAUAUAAUUCGUCUCAACCUCGGGCAGGUAUGUAAUCAAUAACAGAAUCUGUACCGUACAUAAUAUAUAUGUGCUGUCUUCGUUAUCGUAUCAAAAUUUAUUAAUUUUAACACCAAUUCACCAUCACCUUGGUGCCCUUAACAAACCCAGGACAAUUCCCUCCAGCACAAUAGUGCAAUAUAUACAAUAUAUACAGCCUACUUGUUUUAAAUCACUUUUCCUUCCUCCAUGUCACCAUGUCGUCAAACACAGAAGCGGACCACAAUGAAGACGAGAGUCAAUCCUCCGAAGCUCUCAUACCCUCAUCCGCUGAGCUACUGCCACCUUCUUCGGGGAGAACUCUCCUGCCUAGUCCGAUAGCGAGCGCCGUUAGCUUUGCUGCGCGAUCAACCUCCUUUGCUCUCCGCGUCGGUACUUUCAUCGGCGGUUAUAGUUUAGGUGCUGCGAAAUUCACGACACUUUCCAGCUUAGAGCUCGGUCGCGGUAUUCUAGAGGGGAUAUUGAGUAGAGCUGGGAGAGACGUAAUGACAAGGGCCCAGUCCGAGUUGGGUAGAACAGAUGCCGAGUCUAUCCUGGAAAGUAGUCUAGAAGGAUUACACCAGACAAUGUCCCAAAUCGUCUUCUGGACUGCGACCAGUUUCCAUGUCACCGGUACAACCGUAUCAACCGCCUCCCAAAUAUCUCAGUUGUUUCUGUCUGUUUUAGAUCAAUUCUUCGGCUCCACCGAUUCUUCUAGAGCUAUUGCAAGCAUCAUCACAUUGAUCCGUCGGGAAUUUCAGAAUCCCGCUACCGGCGUACAAGGGGAAAAAGUGGGAGUAAUUGACCUUAUACUUGGUUUAUGCGGCCUAGCAUAUCUACAAAACUGGUGCAGAAAGAUGAUACAAGAUGAGUCACGUCGCCUUGGUCAAGAAGAGAUUAUUUGGGAUGUUGUCCUGCUCGAUGAUGGCGAACGAGUUGAUAUUGACGGCGAAGACCUACAUAUCAAUAAACAUAACGGGGAACCCGAUGUAGACAGCCAUGAUAAUCUGAUUGAAGCAGUCGAGAAGCACGGUGUUAGGUGGAAUAGUGAGGACGAGGACGAAAUGCCCGAAGCCCAACUCAAGCGACAAAUUUUAAGAUCACUCCCUAAAGAUGCUCAAGUAUCUAUUACUACUUCAACAACCACGACGAAGACGAUCACUGUUGAUAUAAAAGGCAGUCCGCGAGUACCCAUUUUAUCACUACCUGGUGUUGAUGUUGUGAAAAGCGAAGUUAAUAGCUCUGGAGAUAUCUCCGGAAAUCAAGAGGCGGGACCCGGCUAUAGGGUUGUUUACAAGAUAAGCCGGAAUAAGGUGAGAAAUAUGGCGACUGAAAGCGAUGCUGAGGACGAUACUCAGUCUAGGGUUGAGGUAAUUGACGAUGAAGACCUGCAAUCACCCAAUAACAUAGAUACUCAUCAGUCCGAUCAGCCCCCUCCUGUUCCACCAAAAGCUGCACGUUCAACUUUUGCCUCGUCGGCGAAGGGAAAGGGCAAUGCUAAUAGCGACCAUUCGGGCUAUCAACCCAAGUCUGCUUCCAGUAAUUCGGUUGGGCCGAGUUUUGGUUCAACUAAGGAUCGUGCAUCUCCAACUGUUUCUCCUAAGCAGACUCCUGAGCAUGCCGCGAAUCAGAAACGCACCAGAAAGCCGUUGGAUGACGCUGGACAAAGUUCUCGUAGCACCCUUCCUGUCCCGACUUCACCAACUAGCAGUAAAUAUACGACUAAGAAGCCCGACUCGCCACCAAACUCAAAGGGUAAUGAAAAAAGGAGUGGCAUUCGAGAUGUCCUUAGGAAGGGAUCGGUUUUAUUGAACAGGGACUCGAGCUCGGAUAAUCUUCAAGCAAAUAACAAAUCAAAAGCAAUGAUGAAACCUCCUUGGGGUAGCAAUAAGCCUUCGCAAAGUAGUAAGGUGUCGGUAUCACAUAGAAAAGACUAUCCAGAAAGAAGUUCAAGUCUGAUACCGCAUCGCGAGCUUCCUCAAUCACCGCGCCGAGGGAGCCCGAACCACUUUUCCUCGAGAGACCUAGGCGGUGGCGAGAGUACUUCUACUUUACAUGGAUCACCAUUGCGAGCAACAUACGUAUCGUCACAAGGCAGGAGGCGUAACUCGAUUGUUUCUCUAGCUGAUACCUUCUCGGUACACUCGUUUGAAAGCCGACCAUCAUCUCCUCUAUUUCAACGAAACGACCCCAGAGGCCAUAGCAGCAUAUUGCACUCAGAAACCGGACAUAAUAUGGGUACGCAGCAUAUUCGCUCGCCAUCAAGGGGUCAUAAAAGGACGACGUCAGAACAUCGUGGUUUUCACAGCCCAAGCAUAUAUACUCUUAAAACUAGAGAUUCGCAAAUGUCCUUAGCCCUAUCCACGUUUCAGCAAAGAAGCGCAUAUAGCGGUUCAGAGGGUGUCGAUGCUCUGCGACGUACGGGAACAGUCGACGGGAUGUUUCCUAACUUUCAUAUCCUAAGAAACAUUACCCGAUAUAGUCGUUAUGCGUCUGCUGCGUAUGGGUCAAACUUUUUAAAAAUGAUGGGCAUUGCAAAAGAGCUUCCCGUCUUAAAAGCGUUGGAUGAAACACAUCAAGACGUGCGCUCAUUCGCGCAUCAUACCGAGCUCCCGCCGGACAGCAUCCUCCUGUCGUCAUUUAUUGACCCACAAGGCGGAUCUGAUUCCACCGGCUCUACGGACACAGGGGUACCCCUAGUACAUACAAUUGCAAUCGAUGAAGAGUCCAAGGCUGUUGUCUUGUCCUGCCGCGGUACAUUGGGUUUUGAAGAUGUUUUAGCAGAUAUGAUGUGCGAAUACGAUGACCUGUUCUGGCGUGGGAAGCCGUAUAAGGUCCAUAAGGGCAUUCAUGCGUCUGCGCGGCGACUUCUAUAUGGAGGUGACGGAAGGGUACUCGCAACACUGAAAGAAGCUCUUGAUGAGUUUUCGGACUAUGGUCUAGUGCUUUGUGGUCAUUCGCUUGGUGGUGGCGUAACUGCACUACUUGGAGCCAUGCUCGCUGAGCCUGCUUCUAGUGGAACAGCAUUUGUCACUUCAGCUGAACCCCAUCAGAGACUACUUGCGAGCGGGCAGUCCCACCAAACCGCCUCCCAUAUAUGUCUCCCGCCCGGUAGGCCUAUUCACGUAUAUGCAUAUGGCCCGCCUUCUACCAUGUCGCCGUCCCUACAAAAAGCGACGAGGGGAUUAAUCACCAGUACAGUACACGGAAAUGACCUUGUUCCAUACUUGUCGCUUGGUGUCCUGCAUGACUUCCAGGCUAUGGCACUAGCAUUCAAGACUGACAAUAGCGAGGCGAAGGCAGAAGUGCGGCGGCGAAUCUGGGAGGGACUACAGUCGGGUCUGGCUGAUAAAUGGUACAACAACGGUUCAAAGCGGUCGCACGAAGAAGAAGAUAAAUGGGCUUAUGCUGCGCUUAAGACAUUACGCGCCAGUAUGAUGAGUUCUAAACUGCUACCUCCUGGUGAGGUCUUCUCUAUUGAGAGCACGCCAGCGCUUAGGAGAGACGCUUUCCUGCAAGCUGGUCAGAUCGGGCGACCUGCAACUCGAGUCGUAUUCAAAUAUAUUAGAGAUGUAGAGGCUCGUUUCAGAGAAGUUAGAUUCGGUUCUAGUAUGUUGCUGGACCACAGUCCCGGACGGUAUGAAGAUGCUCUUCGUCGACUCACAUUGGGUGUUAUGGAUGCAUGAAACGUCAUGGUUGGUUAGAGCGAGCAUACAAGAUACCUCCUAGAUCAGACAAAGACGGUAGUUACGAGAUCAUAACCCUAAGUUUCUUUAUAUAGACUAGAUCUUACGUGUAAAGGUAUAGACAACUUAUCUAAAUAUAUCAU